UCGGCCAUCCCUUUCACGCCCUAGAACACCGCCUUUUCUCGAUCCGAACCACGCCCUUGAACGCCCGCCUUCUCUCGAAUCUCGAUCCGAACCGAACCUGCGCCAUCUCCUUCUCAGAGUAUCGAGCAUCCUCCCGAGCCCUGCGAAAACCUAAACCUCCGAUUGCGAUCUCGUCGACCUCGCGGUCGGCGCUACUUCACCUGCCAGAAAUUCUCUGACAUGGCCGGCGGCGACGGUGACAAGGGUCGGCCACCUGCCAAGAAGCACAAGACCGCCGGACCUGCCAGGGCUGCCGCCCAUCCCGUCGACGAAGAUGAUUUCGACGAUGCGGAUGAUUUCGACGAAGAAGUCGAGAGAGAGACAAAGAAGAGAGAUUUCACAAAGCUGGAAUUGAAGCCGGAUCAUGUGAACCGCCCUCUGUGGGCCUGCGCCGACGGCCGCAUCUUCCUUGAGACUUUCUCGCCGCUCUACAAGCAGGCCUACGAUUUCCUCAUCGCCAUUGCCGAGCCUGUUUGCAGGCCGGAGUCGAUGCAUGAAUACAACUUAACACCCCAUUCGCUAUACGCGGCGGUCUCUGUCGGGCUGGAGACGGAGACCAUCAUCAGUGUGCUCGACAAGCUCUCAAAGACGAAGUUGCCCCGUGAGAUGAUCGACUUCAUCCAUGCUUCUACCGCCAACUAUGGGAAAGUCAAGCUGGUUCUGAAGAAGAACCGCUAUUUUGUGGAGUCGCCGUUUCCAGAGGUCUUGAAGACGUUGCUCAAAGAUGAAGUCAUAUCUCGAGCACGGAUUUUGCCUGAGGAUUCCCAAGGGGCUGAAGCAUUUAACAUUAGCAAAAGAGUGAGCGAGAUAGGUGGUGGUCAUGAGGAUUUGCUGAAUGGAGUUGAUUUGGCUGUUGCAGCUGAAGAAAAAGAGACUCAUUCUUUUGAAAUAGAUCCUGCACAGGUUGAGAAUGUGAAGCAACGUUGUUUGCCAAAUGCCUUAAACUUCCCAAUGCUGGAGGAGUAUGAUUUUAGGAAUGAUACAGUGAAUCCGGACUUGAAUAUGGAAUUGAAACCUCAAGCACGACCAAGACCAUAUCAGGAAAAAAGUCUUAGUAAAAUGUUUGGAAAUGGCCGUGCAAGAUCUGGCAUCAUUGUACUGCCUUGUGGUGCUGGAAAGUCGCUGGUUGGUGUUUCGGCAGCUUGCCGCAUUAAAAAGAGUUGUCUCUGCUUAGCAACCAAUGCUGUUUCGGUAGAUCAAUGGGCAUUUCAGUUCAAGCUUUGGUCGACAAUUCGAGAUGAUCAGAUCAGCCGUUUUACAUCUGACAAUAAGGAAAAGUUCCGUGGCAUGGCUGGUGUAGUUGUGACAACGUACAACAUGGUUGCAUUUGGUGGCAAGCGGUCUGAAGAUUCCGAAAAAAUCAUCGAAGAAAUACGAAACAGGGAGUGGGGACUGCUUCUCAUGGAUGAGGUGCACGUUGUUCCAGCCCACAUGUUUCGCAAAGUUAUCAGUAUCACAAAGUCACAUUGCAAACUUGGCCUUACUGCAACACUAGUGAGAGAGGAUGAACGCAUUACAGAUUUAAAUUUUCUUAUUGGACCAAAACUAUAUGAGGCCAACUGGUUAGAUUUGGUAAAAGGAGGGUUUAUUGCAAAUGUACAAUGCGCUGAAGUUUGGUGUCCUAUGACUAAGGAGUUCUUCGCGGAGUACUUGAAGAAAGAAAAUUCAAAGAAGAAGCAGGCUCUUUAUGUGAUGAAUCCAAAUAAGUUCAGGGCUUGUGAGUUUCUGAUUCGGUUCCAUGAGCAGCAGCGUGGUGAUAAAAUAAUUGUGUUUGCGGAUAAUCUUUUUGCACUUACAGCUUAUGCGAUGAAACUCCGCAAGCCCAUGAUCUAUGGUGCUACAAGUCAUAAUGAGAGGACUAGAAUUCUUCAUGCGUUCAAGAAUAGCCCAGAUGUGAAUACCAUUUUUCUGUCAAAGGUGGGUGAUAACUCAAUUGAUAUACCGGAGGCCAAUGUGAUAAUUCAGAUAUCAUCUCAUGCUGGUUCACGGCGUCAAGAAGCUCAGCGGUUGGGCCGUAUUCUCAGGGCAAAGGGUCGCCUUCAAGAUAGGAUGUCAGGUGGGAAAGAAGAAUAUAAUGCUUUUUUCUAUUCGCUUGUAUCCACUGACACACAGGAGAUGUACUACUCCACUAAAAGGCAGCAAUUUCUGAUUGACCAAGGUUACAGCUUUAAGGUAAUUACCAGCUUGCCGCCACCUGAUUCAGGAGCCGAGCUUAGCUAUUACACUCUUGAUGAGCAACUCGAUUUGCUGGGCAAGGUGCUGAAUGCAGGGGAUGAUGUGGUGGGUCUGGAGCAGCUGGAAGAAGAUUCGGAUGGAAAGGCACUAGUAAAAGCCCGGCGCUUCACUGGCUCGAUGAGUGCCCUUUCUGGGGCGAGCGGAGUGGUCUACAUGGAGUACAACACGGGGAAAACCAAGCAUGGUGGACUGGGGAAAAGUAAACCCAAGGAUCCUUCAAAGAGACAUGCCUUAUUUAAAAAGCGGUACCAGUAAAUUACUCCACUCUCUGAGGUUAACAUGUAUGCCUAGAAGGCGACUAAGGGAAAAAGCCUUAGCUAAACCGAGCGCACGAUCCCUCAAAGAGCCUUUUUAACUAUUGUACUCGAAUGCAGUAAAGGAGAAGAUUUACGGAUUGAAGUUAGGAGAUCAAGAGGUUCUCUUCCUUGUAGUUGCAAAUGAUUUCCGUGAACCUUCAUACCAACUUAAAAUGUCUUGGAAAAUAAGAAACAAUGUAAAAUAUCAGUGUAUUGAUCAUUUUUAUAUGUAUCUUUUUCAAUACAGUAAUGAGUUUGCGGCAUUUUUCCUGAAAUCAGUUAAAUCUGUGGUUUUAUGAUUCUGGAGACACGAAAGUAUAAACAAUUCUGCAAGAUAUUUGAUGAAAUCCCUCUGCUAAGUAA